AUGUUCUCCGUGCAGGGCAGUCUGGAGAUGUUCGCGGGUCUGGGUCUGAUCCUCGGCCCCCCGGUGGGGGGGUGGUUCUACGAGUCCUUUGGGUACGAGGUUCCCUUCUUGCUGCUGGGGGGGCUGCUGUUCCUCAUGGUGCCCUUCAACAUCCUGGUGCUGCCCAACAUCCAGUCUGAGCCGUCGAAGGACUCGCUCUUCGGCCUGCUGAGGAAGACGAAGAUCUCUCUGAUCUGCUUCGUCAUCUUCACGGUCAGCUCCGGACUCGGGUUCCUCGACGCGGCGCUCUCUCUGUUCGCCAUCCAGACG